AAAAUCGCCUCGUGCAGUGAAUCGAAGCGCGAUAAGGAACUUACAUGGUGAAUAAAAGCAAUUGAACAUUCGAGGAGGCGCAUGAAGAUGCGUGGAAUGCGUGCGCUAAGGGGCGAAUAAGCCGGCCGGCCAUGCGCUAUCUGCCGCCGCCGCCGGGCCCGGCGCCGGCGCCCCUGGGGCCCCACGGCCCGACGAGCGCCCCGCCGCCGGCCACCAACGGGGCCUUCCCGCCCUCGCACAUCAGCCCCCCGGAGAAGCACGCCUUCAUCAGGAGCUCGCCCAUCACCUCGUUCAGGAUCCUCACGCCGCCCUCCCCGCACAUCAUCGCCAGCCAGUACAAUGUAGGGCCGCAGGCGAGUCGACACCAUUAUGGGACUGCUAAUGGUGGUGGCAAUACCACGUUACCUCAAAGGCCGCAAAUGAUCCAGACCGCCCAUAACGCGUCUCUGGGUGGUUCAGAUUUGCAACACAUGGCCGAUUACAACUCAAGUAACAUGGCACAACAACAGCGAACGCAUGUUUUCCCAGCUCAAGUGCCGCCAAUGUCAAAUAUCCCGAACUAUCCAACAUCGUUCAGAAGAGCUCCCUAUGGACCAGUUAUGCUUCCAGGGGCUCCAAACGUUCAAGGAGUGCAAUAUUAUAUUGUUCAGCCGGGUCCACAGCCUUCUCAUAUUGGCCCUCGAUAUGGCCCUAUGAUGUAUUUAAAUUCAACUCCCUCAUUUCAACCUACAGAACAGAUUCCGUAUACAACUCCAACGACACACUCAGAUCAGACUUAUGUUCCUUCUACAGAUUAUAGCGCACCUGUCUAUCAACCACAAACCGAGUCAUCUACGCAUUCGUCGGAGCAGCCAAAGACUUCCUCUCGGCCGAGGAGACCGUUAACUAUACAAAAUCCUGAGACUUUGGAAGUAAUAAAUAUAGAUUCAGAAAACACUAGCUCAUCUUCGAAAAAUGACGCCUCCGGUGGAUCAGGAAAAGAUGGGAAGAGCCAAACUGUUGAUGCUAGACAAGAACUUUAUGAUAAGGUUCAUGCUCUCACAGAAAGUAGCACUAGUGAUAGCAAGAAACAGGAUCCAUCUCCAAAAUUAAGUCCAGGCAGCCGUGCGGUCUCAAAUGGACCUGUUAGCAUCGAGCCUGCUGUCUUAGAUCCUACACAAGGCGAAGGAAUGGGUGAAGCAAUCAUUAAUGCAGGUCCUAUCCACCACCCUACCAAGGUCUCAAUUGAAAGACCAUCGCUCAUUGGUCCAUCAUUAAUUUAUGACUCUAUGAAACCAUUAGAUGUGCGAUCCGGGGACGUAACGCCAGUGGUCAGCGCAAAUACAAAUGCUCCUGCCAAGCAUAUUGCUCACAAACAAAGGAAUGAUAAUAAAGAGUACUCAAAUGUAAAAUCAAGCAGUGGAUCGACUGUUGGAAAUAUCUCAGGAUCUUCACCAGCGAGACAAGGCAACAAGAAAGCUGGUCCUCAAGUCAUGGAGUCUAAAAAGAUUGUUCAGCAACAAUCGACACCCCUGGCUGUGAAUUCAACUCCUAGUACCAUUCCUGCUGUUGAGACAGGAACAGCCUCAAGCGGACCAGGCCUUUCCAGGCAUAUUCCAGUCUCAACCACAGCUGUUUCAUCAGUCGCAUCAGAACCUGCACCUGCUGCAUCUGCUGAAACUACUCCGCAAACUAUCACUGCCCAGCAGCAAGUUCCGAAUAGAUCCCAAGAUGAAUUCAAAACCGUUGUGCGGCACAAAAAGAAUCAUCAGGGCUCAAGCUCAGUCCCUCAUAAUGCUGAAGUUCAAAUGUCUGAUGCAGAGUAUAAUCCUCCUCCCCCUCCAAGAGAAAAACGGGAGAAAAAUAAGGCAAACUCGCAAGCAAGCUCUGCUGUCAAGGAAGGACAGGCAAAGACCAAUGAAAAACCUGUAAAUGAAUCUCAAAGCAAAUCCCAGAAUGUGCCAUCAUCGAAUCAAAAAUCUCAAUCGAAUCAUUCAGCUCAAAAACAAAUGGAGAAUGCAUCCCCUGCCAGGCAGAAUAAAAAAUCCAAUGCUAGUGCUCAGAGCGCUGAGAGUAAGAAGAACGCUGCUAAUGCGACCCAACACGCUCCAGUCACUGCUAACACAUUUUCGAGUGUACUCGCAGCACCAGAAACUGCUCAACCCAAAGCCCCUAUUGAGAUCUCCCCUGCCACUGUGAAGCCGCAGAUGGCUGAUAUGGAGCCAGAUGACUUCAAAAUGGUGGUUGGUAAGAAAUCAAGGAAAAUCGAAAUACAAGUUGUCAAAAAAGACCCUGUUCCUGAACCAGAAGUUCCUGCACCAACACCUGCCCCAGCUCCUAAAGAAAAACGUGAAAAGAACAAGGCUAACAUGACAGCUGCCAAAGAGGCCCAUUCAAGUGCUAAGAAUGAAAAAUCAUCAGUGCCAUCCACCAAUCAAAAAUCGUCUCAGCCUGCAACAAAAGAGAAAUUGGACAAAGAGAAAUCGGAAAAAUCUGAGAAAUUAGACAAAGUAGAAAAAGUUGAGAAAGUUGAAAAAAUAGAAAAGGCCGAAAAGGAAAAGGUGGAGAAAGUGGAAAAAGAGAAGCCUGAGAAAGUAGAAAAACCUGAAAAACCGGUAACAGAAAAUGUUGAGAAAAUUGAAAAGGCCGACAAGGUUGCUAAAUCUGAAAAAGUUGAGAAAGUUCUGGAGUCAGAAUCUGAAUCGCCAGCUAGUGCUGUUGCACAGCCAGAGUCCAAGACUGCCAGCGCAGCACCGGAGCCGACUCCAGCUGCAGCACCCGCCUCGGCCCCUGUGCCCGCUGUUCCUGCAGCUGCUCCUGCACCGGCACCCGCACCGCAAUUGAUGAACCCAAUUUCAGUGAAGCUUAUGCCAAAAUGUGUAAAAUAUUGUCUACUGGUCAAUACAUGAACAUCAGCGACAAAGAGAAUUUCGACAAAAAUCAAACAGACUUUAGAAGAGUUCUCUUGAAUUGUUGCCAAAAGCAGUUCGAACUUAGGGAAAAAAUUGAAGCUGACUACAAAGAGAAAAUAAAGAAUGAUAUGAAAGAAGUAACAGAUCCUGAAAAAGUGAAAGAAUUGAAACUAAACCAUCAGGAAGAAGAGCGAAAAAUUAGGAUGAAGGCAGCUGGUCACUGUCGUUUUAUUGGAGAAUUGUUCAAAUUAGACAUGCUGAAAACUAGCAUUAUGCACAAUUGUAUCAUGUAUUUGCUCAAGAAAACAGAUGAAGAACCUUUAGAAAGUUUAUGCAAGUUGCUAACAACAAUAGGCAAACACUAUGAAAGUAGACUGGAAAAUAAUAAUCAAGCACUUGAUCCUAUUAUGAAUGAAUUAGCAAAAUUAGCAAGUAAGAAUAAUAAGCAAAAGAAGAAGAAUGCUCCCCAAAUUUCAUCAAGAAUUAGGUUCAUGAUCCAAGAUGUGUUGGAUUUGAGGGCGAACAAUUGGGUGCCCAGGAGAGAUGACAAUACACCGAAAACAAUCGACCAGAUCCACAAAGAGGCUGAGCGGGAGCAGUUAGAGACGAGUAUAUCAUUAGCAAACACUAGUAUGAAGAAACUAGACAGGCCAAGGAUGGACGACCGGGGAAAGCGGGGUGGUAGUCGAGAUAGCUUCAUGAACUCGGAUGGAGAUUCAUGGCAGACUCCAAAGAACGUGUCAAGAAUGAGUUCUUCAUACAAGAGCUCUUCGUAUCCGAUCGAUACCUCCAAGUUCGAAAACUUCAAAAUGAGCAUUGAACAACCCAUGGAAAACAUCCGAUUAGGAAUGGCCAGACCAAACAUUUGGGCCAGUGGGGCUGUUACCAACAAAGGAAAUCAGCCUGACCAGUCCAGAAACAAAAUACCCGAAAGGAAUCAAUUUGCUGCACUACUCGAGCAGCAAGACAGGGAUAAUAACCAAUUUUUCACUAAUUCUAAUAAAUCCUCAUCCAUCAGUAGAGAUAAAAGUAGAGAUAGUCGCAACAUGUCGCAAGACGAUGACAUGCUGCCCAAAAGUAGACCAAUGGGAGGCCCUCCAUCGCGAGAGGGCUCACACAUGCGCUCUGCUCCUCCUAGCAUACAACCGCCAGUGGCUCCAGUCAAACCUGUUAUCGAUUCAGAGGUUAUGACCAAAAUAAUUAAAACAACGUUAGACGAAUACAUUAGUUUGAAACAAAUCUCGGAGGUGGAACUUACGUUGAAAGCAAAGUUUGUUACGCCUGCAUGUAUAGAAAAGUUUGUAGAUGGCUUCCUUGAAUAUUUCAUGGAACUAAGGAAAGAUCAGGAUAUAGUUGCUCCUGUACUUGGACUUCUUUUAGAUUCUAAAUUAAUUACUCUUACACCUCAAAUUAUUGCUAAACAAUUCAGUGAUUUCCUCUCACUCGCGGAAGAUUUGAUAAUAGAUUAUCCCAAAUUUUGGGAUUAUAUGGCUUUGGUAAUGGGUCACACAUUAACGUCAGAACACUUCAAUUUUGACCAUUUGAGGCAAUCGUGUAAAUCUAUUCUUCAAUCUGACAAUAGUAAAAAACUUUUACCUCUUAUAUUCAACGUAAUUUCUUCAUUAAAGACUGCAAUUUGGAUUAGUCACAAAUGGAAUGCCUCAAAAGUUUCUCUCAAGGACUUCAUUCCGGAAAAUGAUGUUGAUGAAUUUAUCAAAACAAACAAAUUAGAAUAUUUAACGGAUCCUAAUGCUCCUAUCUUAAAGUCUAGCACCCCUACCUUUACGUUUGAUGAAAUCAAAACUAAACUGCUGCAAAUUCUGCAAGAUCAUCCUGAUGAUGCCCUCGUGCCUGUUCAAAGCUGGGUCAGCGAAAAUUGGGGACCCGGUCCAUACGAUCACAGUCUAAUUCGUCCAUUAAUGACAGCUAUUUGUGAAGCUUCAAUUACAGGUGCUGGAGAGAAGAACGUUUUCAACAAGGAUGUUCUGGAAAAGCAUUCCAAAUUAAUCAGUUAUUAUGUGGACUACAACCCUAAUUUAGAAGCCCAUUGUCUAAUGGCAAUCUGCGAAUUAAUGGAAAAACUACAGCACCCUAAAGGUCUUGCCUUAAACUUCUUCCAACACUUACUGGAGCACACAAUGUCUAUAGAAGGAUUUAAAAGGUUCCAUGCUGGCUCAGAAAUGGACCCACCUGAGAACAGCGAGCAAAAUCGGAUACGAGGAAUCGUCGUUCUAGGCACUCGUUCAUUCUGGACGGCUGCAUUUGAAAACCUAGAAAACAGUGAUGAUGAGGGAACUUCUUGAUUAAUUUAACUUUGUGUCAUUGGUGUCUUGUUUUUUGAAGAAACUCAAGUUGAAAUCAUUUCAAUUUUAUGAGAUCAUAUUCGACUGUCGACUUUACGAGGCUGAACAUUUUAAUGAUUUUAAUGCUCAAACUUUCAAUUGACGUUUAAUUUUUUUCUUACUUACUGUCAAAAAGAACUUCAUUUCCAUAAAUAGUUUCAGUAAAACUUAAUCAAACUUCACUGUCGCAUUCUGAAACUUUGGCAAGUAAUGAAAGUAUCGAAAAAGGUGUUAAGUAUUGCUUUUCUCCUGGAAAAAAAAAAAAACUGCAAGUAAUUCCAAAACAUUCAAAAACUCUUCUUCAGCAUUGUGGUUUUGCAAUUUCUGAGUUUGACAAGAAAUCCUUGAUCAAGUUUUCCUUUGUGUGAGUUAUAAUUCAACUUUUGUCAAAUUGAAAGGUUGUAUUAGGAAGCAUUGGACAAUUUACUUAAGUUACUGCGAAUAGGUGAAAUUUUUGAAAACUUUAUUUUAUGCUGUAAAUUUAGUCAAUAGUGCUCAUUUAUCUUAUUAUUUUAUCUUUACUAUUAACAUAAUUUUUAUCCUUACAUGUGUAAUCCUUUUUUAUGUUUAUUUUUGAUUGUUUUAUGUGUUAGUUUUGUUAUAUACUUAAAUUUUUCUAUGCCGUUCAUUAAAUGUUGGCAGCGCAUCCCUGUCUUUUCGGUCAGUUCUGGAUUCAGUUUUCCUGUGAUAAGUAGGUUAAUAUAAAUUUUAGUUAGGAUUUGUUUUAGAAGUUUUUAUGUUGACCCUCUCACUAUUUCCGAGAUGUAGUUUUGAUUUUUAAUUCGAGUAGAUCAUUGAGAUAGGAUAUCGUUUGAAUCAGGAAAUUUUGAAGAAACAAAGCGCUUGAGUACCCCUCACUAUAUCUUCUUCAAGUUACCAAAUAAUUCUCCUUUACCUCGAAGGAUCAAAUUUUUCUGCGUUUCCAAGUUUUAAAGUUAUUUUUUUCUCUCUUGAUUUGUGUUGUAUUCUGAAUUAGUUUCUUGGUUGAAGAAUUCAGUGUUGAGCCAACGUCUAUUUUCCUUUGCAAAAGGUUGCCGAAGCUUUCAUUUUUGUCCCUUUAAUUUUUGAUCGGAGACCUUUUCCGUGAAAUGAGUAGUGAGCGUAAAAAAUUAUUGGCUCCAAGCCCAUGCAUUUUUUUUAUUUUAGUCUCCUUGGUAUUAUACAACUGUACUAUUUAGUAGAAAUUUAAAUAAAUUAGAGGAGAUUUCAUGUCUUUCUAUGAGGAAGUAAUCAAGUUUCAUGGCAGAAAUACUUUUUCUGCUUACGUUUUGUCUUCUUAAGACAAAUUCUGUAAAUUGCAUGUUGAACAUUUGCUCUGACAUUCACUCAUUUGAAACUUCGUAAUUGAAUCAGGACUCAUUGUUGUCUAGUUGUGUAUGCACUUUUACCAGUUUCAUAGAAAAAAUUCCCUGCCGCUCCUCUCUCAAGAGUGAAAUCGGUUAUUUCUUUCUGUACCUCUUGUGAUUUUGCAAUGAUUGUCAGGAUUUUUUUUUUUUUUCUCAAUUUAUUUUUACCUUUCUCUCUUUGGUGCUUAGCAGCGUUUAGUUUCAUUCCUAAUCAAGUUUGUAUAGUUCUGGUAAAAAUUGCUUCAGCUUUGCAGUUUGUUUUAUACAUUUUACCAAAAUGAACACUGAUCAGCAAUAUUUCAAGAACAUCAUGUCCUGGGCUCUUCAUACCUUCAUUCCUAUCAGUAUUUUUUAAUUUUCUGUUUUUUGAUAGGAAGGAUAGUCAACUGGUCAAUUACUGACUUUAUUGUAGAACGGACCUUCAAGCGAUGAGUGAAAAAUGACAACUCGCUUCAUUUUGCCUGUUUUAGGAAAUAGGUGAGAAUCCUUUGAUGAAAGUGUAGCAAUGAAUUUAGUCAUCUCAAUAAACAAAGAGGUCCCUGUUUUUUGUUUCUUGAUGAGAGCUAGAUAGUAAGCCUAUUGGAUCGCUCUACCAUUCAAUGGAAAGGAAAUGAAAUUUUUGAGUCAGUGCACAGUAUGAAUCUUUUGAUCAUUAAAAAGCAAUACUUCCAUUUGACUUAUACUCUCUGCUCUAAGUGGACUCCUUUUUUUUGUUUUCUUUGAUGCUUCUUUGUUCUCUGCUGUUGUUGGUUAGUUUGUAACUGUAAAGUGGGUUGUCUUCUCUCCCGCAUGGAAGAUUGUUUUCAUCGGUCGAAAAUUUCAGGGAUGCAAAGCCAACCAAGAAAUAGCAUUAGGAGCAGCAAGACGGCUCUUUAUGAAACAAUGAGCAUUGGCUAGCAAACUCUCAAUGUGUCGUUGGGUAGUUAGCUUAGAAUGUCUCCAAUGCCAGAAAAUAAGACUGUGUUUUUACUGGUUCAUUUUCAUUAUGGACUCCCCCUUUUUUAAUUUUUUCAAAAAUUUCUACCGCUUUGUUCCUCUGUCAAUUGUGAAAUAAAUGUAUUAUUAGUAUCAAACUAAUGUUUUCCCCUGUCACUCAUGUUGAAAAAUUAAUCAUUUAGGUAUCUGAUAUUACAAAUUCGCAGCCGUCAGUAGUUGUUCCUAAUUAUCGCAUGUAGACUCUCCCUUUCCAUUCACGUUUUUUUGCCAUCAACCAGCUCCCUACUGUAUAGAAACCCAAACCAUGGAUAUCUUAACUCUCAAAGUCUAGCUGACUCCCUCCAGUGAUAGCAAAUCCAAUCCCGCUAAAGUGUUACAAGAACAGAGUUGUGUUUAUUUUUUAUUCACGCCUUCAUGUCCUGUGAUUUUUCUUGUCUUUGAGCAGCGAGUCAAAUCUGCACUCAAAAGCAAAGAAGAAAAACUAGUUGUCAAUAACUGAUAGUUGAUGUCUACAAACUCCCCAUAGACCAGACUUAAAAAAAUUAGAAAAAAAUCCCCCCGUGCACUUCUCAUAUUAGUUUCUUUUUUAGUUUCUGAACUUUAUUAAGGAGAAAAGUAAGUUUCCUCGCUCAACUUUUUCUUGAAACUUUGCUAAAACUGCCGGUAGCAAUUGCUUCAUCAAGUUUACUCUCAAUGAAGUUUUUUAACGUUUAACUACUCCGAGGCAUCUAGCAUCCCACAGAAUUUUGAAACUCGAGCUAUGCAAGCGCGAAUAUCUUCCCCUGCAACAGAAGUCCUGCGCUCAAAUUUUGUCAGUUGCAGGUGUAUGACACGCAAGUAAACUUAACCUCGUAAUCAGUGAUAUCAGCCAAUCAGAGAGCUUGUGGACGGCUUAAGCAAUCCUCAUCUCGCAUGAAGCAGAUCACAAAAUUUGAGUACAGUAUUAUUUGGUGAACUUUGUUCUGAAGCAUCAAAACGAGCUUUUGUCGUCAAUAGUUCAUGGAAAUACCUAAUCAAUCAAAAACACAAAGCAAAUCGAACAUUUGGUUUUUUCUAAUUCUAAUAAACACAGAUUUUCAUCAGUAAAUCGUAGCCAGCAAUACCUAGGAGGCUGCUUCAAGCCCCUGCCUACUCAACCUGUACCAUCCCUGUUUUGGCUUUUACCAUUUAGAUGAAACUCAGUCAUUCAUUUUGGCUUUCAGAAAAGCUUGGUUUCAUCGCAUAUUAUUUGCUGAAGUAUAUUCCCAACAAAUGUCCUGAAAUACAUCAUUACUACAGCAAGCGCUUAUUUUAUCUUAUUUUUUAUUGGUGAAAGAGGUCCCUUUUUUUCUUACUUGCCCCAGCCAUCUUGAAAUUGCAAAGUUUUUUUUUGUUUUAGGAAACGUGAAGGCACUAACGCUCAAGGAGCAACCAUUGUCAGUUUUCUGUCUUCGUUAGCACUUUUUCUCUACUCUCUUCUUCUUAAUCCUUUUGUUAAUCUUAUUUGAAUGUAUUUCUUUUUUCUUCUCUUUUUUCUGUUUUGUAUUAAUGCUGUUAAAUUUUUGUUAUUUGUGUGACUGAGCUGUUUUUAAAUAUUGUACUGUACAAACAUUGCUAGUAUUUUUAAUUUAAAAGUUUUAAAAAUGUAAAAAAAACAAAAAAAAAUUAUGAACUUCGCAAAUUUGGUGGACUGGAUCGUAACAUAAUUUGAAUUGUGAGAAAUUUCCUGUACUCCAUGAAAUCUGUUCUGAGCUUUUUAAAGACUAGCCGUCAAGACUAACAGCAAGCCUUUUUUUUAGAAGAUACGAUUCUUUAAAGGACAGAAUUUUUCAAGUAUGAGGGGCCAGCCAUCGUAAGAUUUUGUCUUGUCCUGGCCACUACAUGCACUGGAAAAGAGCAGGAGGAAAGUCUGAGACCUCUUUUCCGAGUGAUUCCCUUUUUUUAUAUUAAAUAUAUUUGAGUUUUUAGUUUUUGACUUGUAUGUGGCUCCACUUGCAUUUUUAUUUUUAUACUUACCGCCAUGUGAGUUGAAAGAUGUUGUCUUUAAAUAUGAUAUAUAUUUGGAUGGACUGAUUUUUAUUCCAACUUAGGGCUAAUUGCAUUGAGGUGCCAUUUUGCGACUUCAUACAUACCUAUAUAUUUCUCUCAGUUCCUCCAGUCUAAGUGAGCGCUGUAAGUAAUUUCUGUCUACCAAAAAAUUCAAAAAUAAAUAGAGUGUCUUGGUCGAUUUCAUUCACUAUAAUAUUGAUUUUGUCAAAUGCCUCGACGGAAUUUUCUGAUCAUUUUCAAAAAUUAUGCAGAAUUAUUUUGAAUUAGUCCAUCAAAUCCAACAGGAUUGGUAUUCUUUUUCUAAAUUCUUAAUCUAUUCACAUUUUUUCACGUCAAAACUGUCAAAGAGGCUUUGAAGAUAAAUUAGGCAAGUAAGUGAGGAAAAUGUAUUGGGAUUCAGCACUCGUAAAGUUGCAGUUUCAUGCUUGAAGCCCUGAAUAGUCUAGUGUUGCUACUUUUUUAUUUUGAUUCGACCAAGUCGAAUACUAAAUUUUUUAACUCAAGAUGUAUCUUAAAGCAAAUAAGGUAGAGUUCAAAAUUCGAACUGGCUGCAUUUCCUCCUCAGUCUCGGAGGCUUUUCUUGAUGAAGCCGAACUCGCUCUAUAUUUCUGGGAAAAUUCCCAAAAUUAUUUUUACAUAAAAUCAUAGCUGUAACCACUUCUCAAAUGUAUCAUGAAAUUUGACUGCAUUGUAAAUAUUUGAUUUGUACAGAUGAAUAUUUUAGACUACAAGUAUUUACAACUGUUUUAACCAUUUCGAGCUCAUUGAGCUCAAUUUUGGACAUGUGUUAAUAUUUUGAACAUAUUGUUGUGUACAUUCACCUGUUUAAAAUAGAAAAAGAAAAGGAAAAAAAAACUCAGAAGAAACAUAUUAUCAUUAAUCUUGAAUUUUUCGACAGUGCUUAUUUUGUAUGAACUAUUUUUUGACUGGAAUAUUUAUUUUAUUUUGUUUCAAAUAACAAUUUCUUUAUAUUCCUAAGUGAACUUGUAUAUAUGUACCAUAUCAAGUAUGUGUUAAAUUUAAUUUUCUCGUUUUCUCCGUGACGGAAGUAUACACGGUAUAGUGUGCUGAAGUUGGUUCUAAAUUCUGUUCUGUUUUGUUUUGUUGAAAUGAUAACGUCUGAAAUGCACUUCGAAGGAAGGUUUUCUGUUGUUUUACUCGAAAGAAGUUUUACAGGGCAAAUUCUAAACAAAGCUUUUUCAGCGCCCUCGAUACAUAUUGAACCAUUGUUAGCAGUUACGUGACAGGACCCUGCAGGAAAAGGAAAAAAGGAAAUCGUUAAACAAAAAAUAUGAUAGCAAAUGAGUCAAAAUAUGAUCGAACAGCAUAAUUACUGUCUUUUUUUCUUUCUUUUCAUUUUGUUAUUUAUUCUAUCCUCGAUAUUUGUACAUAUUUGCGUAUCCGUAUUUUGUGCAUCAGCUGUUGAGCUGCACGUAAAGUCUGGCGGUUCAAUGGGAUUAAGAUUUCUCACGCAUCCUAAAUUUUGUCCUUGUCCUCAUCUUAUUGAAUGCCUAUGUUCAUAGUGAAAACAAAAGUCGACAUUUAACAUACAGUCUGUCACAACCAUCCUAUUUAUGAAUAUAUUUACUGUGGUAAAGUUAGGAAUGAUAAAAAAUGAUUUUAAAAAAAAAAACAUAAAAAUAUCAAAAAUACAAAAAAUCUGUAUAUAAUAA